AUGCCAUCAUCAAGCAAUUGGAACGAUAUUUGUAGUAUUCCCGGCUACAAAGCCGGAAGCAUGGAUCCUAUAUUUUCAUUUCACUAUUUUGGCGAAGCUGUUAUAGGAGUUACGGCCCACACUCUAACGAAGCAGCAUAUUUUGGGCAGUUAUAUCGACGGCCCCGAUUUGAAUACGCGGAUCUUGCGGAAGCGCCCUGAUUGGAAUGUUGGCAUCUCAAGAGCUCGAAGGAAGAGGAGAAUAUCGGGAUUCGACGGAAAUGAUCUCGGAGAACGAGGAGAGACCGACAUUAACACUAGAAUUGAAGGCCAUAGUCAUACGGUGCAUACGGGUGUGGUUAGGUUGGAGAUGCCCACGCGCACCCGGGCCGAUGAUAACUUAGAGAGGAGGAAGGCUGAACCCGUAGAAGAUCCUGAGGAAGAACCCGAGGAAGAUCUUCGCCCCCCCAACGCCAAGGAAGGGCAAGACUUUGGUGCCGAUGGCGAGAUGUUGUGGGUGAAAGAUCAUGGCUGGGGUCCUAAAGUCGCUGGGACUGCGCCAGAUGAAUGGAAUUAUAAGAAACCCGCUAGGUUCUGGGAGAGCGGACUGAAAACUUACUGGCAUCAUAGUCAGGGGGAAGGUUCAGUUGUUUAUGUGAUUGACAGUGGACUGAAUUUGGCCGGUAUGGGAUUUCAAUCAUACCACAGGAAAGAGCGGAGCGGCCCAUAUAUGUGGGCAGGUCCUUACGCAGAGCCAUGGAGAAAUCAGGACCCGGAUAACCAUGGGACGGGGGUCGCUUUUCAAAUUUUAGGGUUCCACGGCUAUUUCGCCGGAAGGACAAACCUUAAGGCUGUAAAAGUUCAACCACUAGGUGCUGCCAGUGUAGUCUCAAACUUGGGUUUCCUCGAUGCACUUAUCAAAAUUUACAAAGAUAUUCUCGCAAAUCAUCCCAAAAAUCCAGUUAUUAUCAACAUUUCAUUAUGUCUGUUUGAAAUCGACCCAAGGCGUAAGCGACGAUGGGCCGAUAUUGCUAUCAGGUCAAUUUUUCUCUUAUUGAAGGACUUAGGUAAUGUUGUGGUAACGGUGAGUGCGGGAAAUGGUAAACCGGAAGAUCCAUUGAACUGCUACCCAGCGACCCUCGGCGCAGAAGCCGAGUUCGAAAAUUUUAUAAUAGCGGUGGGAGGUGUCAAACCCAGGACUUUUCGGAACAAGUAUCAACAAGCGGACUGGAUGAAGAUUUGGGCGCUCGCGGAUACCAUUGCCCCUCGUUAUGAAGAUUAUGACACUUUAGAGAUGGUUCAGGGGACAUCUUACGCUGCCCCCGCAGUUGCAGCCGUGCUUGCAUAUUUUGGGGGAAUGGGGAUGACGAUACAACAAGCGGUUCAUGCUAUGUACGAUUAUGCGUACGACCGGAGGAACCCAGAAAAAUAUAAAGAUAAACCAGUGCCCAAAGUAAUAUACAACGGGGCUAGGGGGGUAUGGUGCGGCAAAUGGGCUCUGGAUGGACCUAGAGAUUGGGAUAAGUUUUUCUGGGAAAAGGGUACUUGGGACGACAACAUAGCACAUGGGCUGAUAAGUGAUCCCCGCCAUGGCCCAGGUGACAAGAUAACCCUCGCCUACAUACAUCCGGCACAUUGUCCAAUAUCUACUUCGACAAGCUCGAGUUCAAGUUUUUCGACAAGCUCGAGUUCAAGUUUUUCGACAAGUUCGAGUUCGAGUUUUUCAACAAGUUCGAGUUCGUCUGAAGCUGACUCUUCAACUGACUCUUCAACUGCUCCGAGCAUUACUUCUUCGGCAACCCCAAGUGUGUCUUCAGAGACUCCGACGGAGACUCUUUCACUUCCAACGUCUGCACCAGCAGAGGAAGAGGAAGAAGAAGGUGAAGGUGAGGCGGCACCUGAACCGACUCCGGUGGACGUGGAGCCCGUAAUCCCCUCGGAAGCGGGAGUUGUUCUCUGGUCGCCUUUGGGUUGGCUUGCGGCGGAGGCUGUGAUCGUACUGGGUGGGGUGUUAAUCCUCGUCGUCCAGUUAUCAAACGGUACAUCUGCCACAAUUACGACUAGCCUGACGGGAUUAACAUCAGGACAGAGGGUGGAAUUAGCAACUCUGAUACCUUCAUCUCUCGAUGUGAAAACUCACCCGGCAAUGACAGUUCCAACGAAUAUUGCGAAAACUACGGACAAGGAUUUUUCGAUCCCGUGGUCUACGAGGGCAUUCACUACCAGCCAACCGACGCCUACGAACAUCAUUAUAACCGCCCCUGGGUGGACAUCUACUGCAACUCACCCUAUCGCCAAACCCCCUCUAUCAUGGUCAACAGCUGUGGCAAAUCCCCCAAUAAAAUUCCCAUCAACAUUUCACAAAUCCACUGUGACGUUGACAGCGGCGGCCCCAAAGGAUUCCACGGUAAACCACUGUAAUGGCCUUAAGUUGGCCAAUACGGAUAGCGGCAGCCCAGACAAAAACUUCAAAGUUAUAUAUCACUACGCUAACCGGGAGCUUAUUGCUCAAGGUAUUCAUCAAGUCUGUGCCAGGAGGCCUGGACUGGAAUUGAAGAAUGGGGGAGGGAGCUGGAUACAAUUAUUUUAUGAUGGGAGCCCCGAAGAAUUUGAAUUGGACUUGAUCUGGUUUGAUAAAUAUCCAACGGAUGUAGAAUGCCUUGAUAACUUCUUCCAUGUAUUGGACGGUUGCGACAACGAUAAAAAAGAAAACCCGGAGAAUUGGAAAGGCGGUGGCACGAGAGAAGUAAAAGGGGGCAAUGCUGCAAUAUAUCGGAUCAAUACACUCAAUUCAAGGAAGCCUCCAAGAAAGGUAUGGGGAGCAUGUUAUAUUAACGAGAAGUGGUUCGAUUUUGAAAAGUGGCAAGAUGGCGUCGAGUUUGUCGUUUGGGGGUUUGGAUGGAUGGAUGCCGUUAACAUACAUCAAGAACCGGACGGGAAUGUGGAUUUUCGGGUGGAUUUAGACGCUUGCCAAAUAAUUCACUUCUUCUGGAAGUGGGUCCGCGGCCCACUAGGACCGGAAACUCCAUGGGAAUGGCGAGCCCAGGUUAUUGUCAAGAAUGACAAAAAAAAUGAUGCUUGCGUAUUGAACGUUUUACGAAAGUGGAGCAAGAUUUCGGGCCUUAAAUGCACGACAGACGACCUGGAGAAAGAUGUGACAUAUUUCCCAGAAUAUCAGAGGAAGUAUUUUGGUAAGGAGCCAGCCCCCGCGAGGGUUCGGAGAUGGCAUUUAUAA